GUGGCAUUUCCAGGUUCCGCUGGUGUCACAUUAUAGCUUGUAGCUCGUUCAACCAAUUGUCAAUUACUAAUACGGCUUUCAGGAUUCCUAUAAGCUACAGCCAUUCAUGAAGCCAUGAGCGCUCGAAAAAAUGCAAGUUCAAGGCGGGCAACGUGGUUAGCCUUUGGCUUGGUGGCGCUCGCUGCAUUCUCUGCCUCAGCUCAGCCUCAAACCAUAAUAUAGAGAGCACCCAGUCGGAGCUGGAGUUCAGUGUGCAACAAAAUGCCCAAGUCCCACAUGACGUAUGCUACCGUAUAUUCGGAACCAAAUUUCGACCAGGAUGCAGAGGCGACAAGAGCGUACAAGUCUGCUCUAUUCACACUUUCUAACCUCACCGCGCAUCCGCCAUCUCAUACCCACAACGUAUUCUCCCAACCAACUACAACAACACCUUCUCUUCUAUCUGCGCUCCUUCCCAAUCCACAAGGCCAAGGCCCUCUAGGAAGUGCAAUCCGUAUAGCACUAAAGCUUCGUCAACAAUUCUCUCUUUUCCGUCUGUUCGGUGGACCCAGUGGAAGUGGUGCGAGGAGAAGGGAUGAGGAGAUGCGUGGAAAGGCAAUAAAGGUGGUGGAUCUGCUGCAACAUUCUGCUGAACUAGGGAAUCUGGAUGCGCUUUUUACGCUUGGGUAUAUAUCUCUGUUCCCUCCGAGCUCCCAUUUUCCGUCCGACCCUAAACUUGCGUAUGAUUCGCUCUUGCACCACGCUGCACUGACAGGCAACGCUUCAUCGCAAGCUCUUCUCGCCUUCUUCCAUGCAACAGGUUAUGCAGAUGUUGUUCCCAUUGAUCAAGCCCAAGCAUUAUUAUAUUAUACAUUUGCUGCUCAGGGCGGUCACAAAGGCGCACAAAUGGCUCUGGGGUAUCGAUACUGGAGCGGCAUCAGUACAGUUGAAGACUGCGGACGGGCAGUCGAAUGGUAUGAGGCUGCUGCAGAUGAAGCGAUGUCAAUGUUCCUGUCUGGUCCGCCUGGUGGCCAGACCCUUCCGCAGACUGCAACACGGUUGUCUGAUUUAGAUGGGGGUGUAUUCGGGCCGGGCGCUAGUGUUGCAUCCACCGGCAUGAACGUUAUUAGGCCCGCUGUCAAGGCUGGCUUAGCACAGACUGCUGGCGAGACGUGGGACGACGUUCUUGAGUACUACAUCGUGCGUUUUUUUCAUCUACCAUGUCACUUGUGAGUUUCCUUGAUGCUCACCGACUACCAAACGAGUCCGAGCCUUUCGAUUGACGUUCAUUGCGGUAUCUGCCGAUUUAGUGCAUAAUUAACUAUUCUCAUCUAAUUCUGCCAGUGGUCAGAUGCAGAAGUCGGGCUCUUGGCUUCGACUGUCGCGUUAUGGCCAUGUUAAUGAGGGUAGCACUUAUUGAUGCCCACGACAAAGAAUACAUC